UACAGACAUGAAAUUAAACAUUCAAACGGGGGAGUUUGAUUAUGUUCUGGGGCUAUCAAGGCAUUAUGGUGUUAAAAGUGCUGCUGGCGUCAGAAAGCUUCCUGUAGUCUGAUGGUUCUUCAACAAUAUUCUGGUUUGAGUGGCACAACAACACAACAGAAAAGCCGCGAACCCGCCCUGGUCGUCAUUAACAUCUGGAGCAUGACAAUGAUGCUGGCUUGACCACAUGACCAGCACGAGGAGAAAGCGCGAGACAGGGCGAGACAGUGGACCGACAUACAUGAGGAGUGCUGAACACUCACAAUUUGAAUUGUCAACAGGGAAUCCACUUUUGACUCAAAGUAUUUGGGAUCAAUUUGUCAAAGAGAAAGCUCGAAACUCGGGCCAACACGGACGAAACAUCAACAAAUAGAACGGCUUAAGCGAGAGUCCUCUUCAGAAAUCUUCACCAUGUGACUUAAAGGAACCCCACGUGGCUUUUCCAUCAUCAUGAGUGCCUCCCUGGUUCUUCUUGUGAGCUGCCUGGCCUGCUCCGUGACUCUGCUCUCGGCCCAUAACAUCCCAUCCCCCUCGACAUCCCCCUCCAAGCUGAAGUACCUCCUUGAGCCGCCCGUUUACGCCGAGGUUGUCGGCCGUCGGGGCGAGAACGUUACGUUACCAUGCAUCCUGAAGAAUAAGCCCGACCACUACAAGGUCAAGUGGACCAAGCUGGAACCGGGACACGUGGGCCCGGAGAACAUCGUUAUGAUUUCCAACGCUCAUGCCUUCAGGCGGCACGGCCGGCUCGGCCCACGGGCAUCCCUGCGGCGGGCCCAUAACAUGGACGCCUCCCUGCAGCUCGGCGGACUGCAACUGCGAGACGGCGGCAGAUACCGAUGCGAGCUCAUCAACGACAUUGAUGAUGAGAGUGUGGUGGUCACGCUCAGGAUUGAAGGUGUGGUUUUUCCGUAUCAGAGUCAUAAAGGCCGUUACAGGAUGACGUUCCAUGAGGCCCAAGUGGCGUGUGAGGAACAGGACGGCACUCUUGCCUCUUAUGAGCAACUCUACCGAGCCUGGACGGAGGGUCUGGACUGGUGCAAAGCGGGUUGGCUCCAGGAUGGAAGCGUCCGCUACCCCAUCAUCAGCCCUCGCCCGGCCUGUGGGGCCCAAAGGCAUCCAGGUAUUCGCAGCUACGCCCCCAAAGACAAAAACAGAGACCGCUUCGACGCAUUCUGUUUCACCUCCUUGACUGCAGGUUCCGUCUUCUACAUCCCGGGCGCAUUCUCUCUGGAGCAGGCCGGGCGGGCGUGUGGCCGUCGGGCAGCCCAGCUGGCGUUGGUGGGCCAACUGUACGCCGCCUGGCACUUCCGAGGCUAUGACCGAUGUGAUGGCGGCUGGCUGCGUGACGGCAGCGUGCGCUUCCCCAUUGGCACUCCAAGGGCGCGCUGCGGAGGCAUCCCCGAAUCCGGAGUGCGCUCUUUUGGGUUCCCCGAUAAUACAUCACAUCUUUACGGAGCUUAUUGCUAUAGGUAGUCAGAAAGCUUCUCGUAGCAGGGGCCCGCUCCAUUCCUUAAUCCGGCCGAUUGAGCAUUUACACCUUUUCAGAGGCCUAAUAAUGAUUCUGAUCAUUUGAAGGAGUCCUGUAAGAUUUGUUGCAUUCAUUUAAGCUGUACAGUGUCGCGCUAAAACUGUUUCCUCAAAAUGUAUCAAUCUGAUUUUUGUUUUUAUUCAGAUGUCUCAUUCAUUAAAGGGGAAGUAAAGUCAAAAAAAUUCUUUACAAUAAU